AUGGUUUCUGAAAGACUUCACAGAAACGGUACAGGUGGUAAGGGUACCACUCACAAGAUUAGAGAACACUUGAAUUUCACAGACGAUAAGAAAUGGAAGAAAUUUUCAAGUAGAAGACUCGAAUUAAUUGAUAAAUUCGGUCUCAGUGAGAAGAAAGCAAGCGAACAGGAUGAUAAUAUCAAACAAAUUGCUUCUAUCUUAAGAAGCGAAUUUCAAUACCCUUCCUCUGCAUCUUUAGAAUUUGAAAGAUUGGUAACGGCUGCUGUUCAAUCCGUGAGGCGGAAUAGGAAACGGUCGAAGAAAAUUAUCAAAAGAGUAAACUCUCCUUACUCUUCAAAUGUAUCUUCACCAACGGCUUCUCAUACAUCUUCUUCAAAUUUACAAAACACAGUCUUAUCCACUGCGUCGUUAAUGUCAGAAAAUAAUCUUUCACAAGGUAAUCUACAACCUGUCUUAUUGGGUGGUGUCAACGGUCAUAAUCAAAAUAUUUCAAAUGCCUAUUCAUUACCUCCAGUUAAAAGUUGCAUAGCAAUGAUCGAAACUGAUACGUUCAAGAGAGAAUCAAGUUUUGAUGCUAACGAACUUAUUAGAGUUAUUCUCAAGGAUAUCUCGGAAACUCAAUUACCAUUAUCUCAAACAAGUUCCACGAUAAGUGAUAACGUUAAUCUUUUCAAUCCAAACAUUGAAGAUGCUAAUCAUAUUCCAAUCAAACUAAGAGAAAAUUUGCUGUUCAAUAUCAAAAGGUCAACUACUUAUAAUUCAAUGAUAAACACAUCAAAGGAUGAUGAUAUUCUCAAUAAAUUCAAAAAUUUGGAAGCUUUGGGACAAAUGUCAAUAAGAUCCUCAUUUGCAUUUGUUAUUGAAAGAAAUUUCAAUCAUUUAUCUGAUAUUAAGAUUGAAGAUCUAAGAUCAAAGGCUUGUAAUGAAAAAAGUCGUUCUAAAUUUUUUAAGGAUCUUUUCCAGCACGAUAAGUUGCAUUAUUUAAGCGAUCAAGAUGUAUCAAGAGUGCUAUUUCUAACCAUUGGUUCAAUCGUUAAGGAUUUCGGUUUCGAUUCAAGUUUACUUCCAUUAAAUGAAACGAUACAAUUACUCUUAGAAAGAGAAAUUUCAAGAGGUGAAACUGAAAAUAAAUUAAAAGUAUUAAGCAAUGUAUCAACAAAUUCUGUAGCCAAACCCAUGUUAAAAUCCUUCAGCAAUCUGAUGAAUGACAUGACCAUACCUCCUUAUUCACAACAAAAUGUCAUAAAUCCAAUCCAACCAAAUAAUAUUCAAAAACCAAACUUAAGUUCUUUCAUGGCCAAAAGGUCUUUUGAAGAUGGUAAUUUGCCACGUCCAAUUCAUCAGUUAUAA